AUGAGUCUAGGCUACUUGCAACCCGAACUCUAUAGUGAAGAUCAGUAUGAUGAGUCCCAUGUCCUCGACCUGAACCUUUCGACGCUGGAGUGUUACUCAGUUUCAUCCACGUCCAGCCUACAGAGCAUCCACAGAUGUUUCUUGGAUGAAACAAGAAAUUGCAAGAGGUUGAAGGUAGAACCAUCCAUCGGAGAAUCCAUAGAGAGUAAGGAAAUUGUGCACCGUGGCUGCAGCGGUAUGAGGACUAAUAGCUCUAAUAGCUUGCGUAAGCUUCAGUUCAGGGAUCAUAUAUGGGCAUACACCCAGAGGUACUUGGCAGUCGAGGCCAUGGAAGAAGCUGCAGCGGCCAUCAUGCAAGGUGAUCAAAGCGAGAUGAGGGAGGAGGGAAAUGGAGACGCGAUGAAACUUGUCCAGCGACUCAUCGCUUGUGCAGAGGCUGUGGCUUGUCGCGACAAGACACACGCCUCCGCAUUGCUUUCGGAGCUCAGUUCCAAAGCUCUGGUGUUCGGCACGUCGUUUCAGCGAGUUGCAUCUUGCUUUGUGCAAGGCCUUGUUGACCGCCUGGCACUUGUUCAACCAUCGGGGGCUGUGGGAAUCGUUGGUCAAAGUGCAAGGGAGAUGGUGAUGACGAACGAGAAAGAAGAGGCUCUUCGCCUCGUCUAUGAGAUUUGUCCAUACAUCCAAUUCAGUCACUUUAUUGCAAAUGAAUCAAUCUUGGAAGCCUUUGAGGGAGAGAGUUCAAUUCAUGUGGUGGACUUAGGCAUGACCCAAGGCCUGCCUCAUGUCCACCAGUGGCGCAACCUAAUAAGCAGCCUGGCAAAACGGCCAGGCUCGUCAUCUCGAUGCCUCAAGAUAUCUGGUGUUGGGAAUUGCGAAGAAGGCCUCCAAACGAUUGGGGACAAGCUAAAACACUAUGCAAAAGGCUUGGGAGUGAAUUUCGAGUUUCUGAUGGUCCAAAGCAACUUGGAAAACCUCCAAGCAGAAGACUUCAGUAUCCUAGAAGGCGAAGUCCUAGUCAUAAACAGCAUUCUUCAGCUGCACUGCCUGGUGAAAGAAAGCCGAGGAGCACUGAACUCUGUCCUGCAAAUUCUGCAUAAGCUUUUGCCGAAGCUCCUGGUCCUGGUCGAGCAAGACUCAAGCCACAAUGGGCCGUUCUUCCUAGGGAGGUUCAUGGAGGCGCUGCAUUAUUACUCCGCCAUCUUCGACGCCUUAGACGCCAUGCUUCCCAAGUAUGACACCAGGAGGGCCAAAAUAGAGCAGUUCUUCUUCGCUGAAGAAAUCAAGAACAUUGUAAGCUGCGAGGGGCCCGCGAGGGUCGAGAGGCACGAGAGGAUUGACCAAUGGCGCAGGAGGAUGAGCCGUGCCGGGUUCCAGUCUGCGCCCAUUAAGAUGCUAACGAAGGCCAAGCAGUGGCUUGCGAAGUUCAAGGUAUGUGAAGGUUACACUAUAGUGGAAGAGAAGGGGUGCUUGGUUCUUGGCUGGAACUCCAAGCCCAUCAUUGCAGCUUCCUGUUGGAAAUGCUCCUAA